AUGCCUGGGAUCGACGCCGAAACCGACUUCCCACGGGAAUCGGGAACCAACGCCGAAACUGACUCCCCACGGGAAUCGGGAACCAACGCCGAAACUGACUCCCCACGGGAAUCGGGAACCAACGCCGAAACUGACUCCACACGGGAAUCGGGAACCAACGCCGAAACUGACUCCCCAAGGGAAUCGGGAACCAACGCCGAAACUGACUCCCCACGGGAAUCGGGAACCAACGCCGAAACUGACUCCCCACGGGAAUCGGGAACCAACGCCGAAACUGACUCCCCACGGGAAUCGGGAACCAACGCCGAAACUGACUCCCCACGGGAAUCGGGAACCAACGCCGAAACUGACUCCCACGGGAAUCGGGAACCAACGCCGAAACUGACUCCCCACGGGAAUCGGGAACCAACGCCGAAACUGACUCCCCACGGGAAUCGGGAACCAACGCCGAAACUGACUCCUCACAGGAACGCAACAGUGGAAACACUCACACACCAAUACGUGUAG